AUGGUGUACGGGCCGAGACCGAGUGUCUCCAGUAGCGUGAACUUCCUGGGUCAUCAUCGAUGCAUGUGUGAGAAGUGCAGUAUAGCAGAUCAAAGGCUAGACGAAGCCUUGAAGCAACAGUAUGAGUUGGAGGAAGUCGGAAAUCCGGCAAUUCGGUUAGGGUCCAACGAAGAUCGUAGAGCGCGUGAAAUCCUGGAAACUACAACAAAGAGAAAUGGAGAACGGUUUGAAACUGGACUACUCUGGAGGAGAGAUGAUGUGUGUCUUCCAGAAAGCUUCGAUAUGGCUAUGAAACGCUUGCGUAGUUUGGAAGCUCGGAUAAACCGUAACCCCGGAGUGCGAGAAAAUUUGGAAAAGCAGCUGGAAGAGUAUGUCACGAAAGGUUACGCUCAUCGUAUCACCAAGCGCGAAUUGGAAGAGACACCGCGGGGAAAGGAGUGGUAUCUGCCACUGAACUAUGUGGUACAUCAGAAGAAGCCAGACAAGGUACGAUUAGUGUGGGACGCAGCAGCGAAAGCUCACGGAGUCUCGCUUAAUGAUUGCCUGUUGAGAGGGCCAGAUAUGGUAACCUCAUUGCCAACGGUGAUAAAUGGGUUUCGUGAGAAACAUAUCGCGUUCGGAGGUGACAUCAGAGAAAUGUAUCACCAAGUGAAGAUUCGUUCGGAAGAUCAACAAGCUCAGCGUUUUCUGUUCCCAGGCCCCGAUGGAGAUGUACAAAUCUACGUUAUGGAUGUUGUAAUCUUUGGUGCAAGCUGCUCGCCGUGCUCUGCCCAGUACGUUAAAAAUUUGAAUGCGCGAGAGCAUUCUGAGGUGUAUCCGGAAGCUGCAAAUGCGAUCGUCCGAAAACACUACGUUGACGACUACUUCGACAGCACUGAAACUGAAGCAAAGGCGGUCAAGCUGGCGAAAGAAGUUAGGAAAGUGCACGCGAAUGGAGGUUUCGAGAUACGAAACUGGGUCAGUAACUCUGAAAAGUUUCUAGAGGCGCUAGGAAAGUCGAGAAAUGAGCUGAAGCCACUAGAAGUGAACAAAUCGAGUGAGACGGAACGGGUCUUAGGGAUGUUAUGGGACCCUAAAGGCGAUAAUUUCAUAUUCUCGACAGCGAUUCGGUCGGACCUCCAGCCAUAUAUUCAAGAGGGUGCUUGGCCCACGAAACGGAUAGUGCUAAAAUGUAUUGCGAGCAUGUUCGAUCCGAAACAAUUCUUGGCACCGCUCCUGAUACAAGGUCGAAUUUUCAUGCAGGACUUGUGGCGUAGCGGCAUAGGUUGGGACGACAAGGUCACGAAACCUCAUUACGAAAGGUGGAUACAGUGGACGCGGUUAUUCUAUCUAAUUGAAGCGAUUAAAGUUCCGCGAUGUUAUCUCGGUGGACUGAGUUCGACUGCAUAUGAGUCGGUGCAGUUGCAUGUAUUCACUGAUGCUGGAGAGGCAGCCUACGGAUGUGUUGCCUAUUUUAGAUUUGAGCAAGCAGGGGUCGUUCACUGCGCGUUCGUGGAGGCAAAGGCGAAAGUAGCACCAUUGGAGUAUCUUUCUACACCACGCAUGGAAUUAGAAGCAGCUACUCGCGGCGCAAGUUUGGUGAAGACAAUUUGUGAAGGUCAUUCCUUCCCAAUUUCAAAACGGUAUCUGUGGUGCGAUUCAGACACUGUGGUGUCGUGGGUUAAAUCCGAUCAACGAAAGUUUAAACCAUUCGUAGCGCACCGGAUAGGUAAGAUCCUGAGCUUAACAAACCCUGAAGAGUGGCGAUGGGUAGGAACAAAAGAAAAUCCCGCAGAUGAUCUUACAAAGUGGGGUAAGGAAACAGAGAUAAAGUCGCGUAGUCGAUGGUUCCUGGGACCAGAAUUUCUGUAUCAAGAUGAAUCAAAGUGGCCAAAACAGAAACGUGCCAUGGUGGAAAACACGGAAGAACUUCGCGCAAGUGUGCUGUUGCAUCACAUAUCGUUGCCUGGCGGGUUGGAGAAGAUGAUUGAGCGGGUUUCCCGGUGGACCGUGAUGGUUCGAACUGUCGCAACGAUGUACCGUUUUGUAUCCAACUGUCGUCGACGGAAGAUGAAGAUGGAGAUCGAGGUGUUACCAAUCGUUGUAAAGCGAACGAAGGGUGCAGCUCUCCCAGCUACUGUGAUACCCUUGCGGCAGGAGGAGUAUGAACUAGCAGAGACAUUGUUGUGGAGAAUUAUGCAGGCAGAGGCAUUUGCGGACGAAAUGAAAACACUUGUGAAAAACAAGGAUUCACCUGCAAACCAGGAGCUACUGUUAGAGAAAUCGAGCCCGAUAUACCGUUUAUCACCAUUUUUGGAUGAGGAUAAUGUGUUGAGGAUGGAAGGCCGAACCGAAGCGGCUGACUAUGUGGCAUUUGAUGUCAGAUUUCCAAUUAUCCUGCCAAAGAAUCACGCUGCAACAAGAAAGUUGGUCAUGCAUUACCAUCGACAAUAUGGCCAUGGUAGUAGAGAAACAGUUGUCAAUGAGCUUCGGCAGCGCUACUAUAUUCCAUGCGUACGCGCGUUAGUCGAUCAAGUAAUGCGUGAGUGCACGUGGUGUAAGGUUCGCAAAUCGAAACCUACUGUACCCAGAAUGGCACCACUACCAGGACAGCGUUUGGCGGCAAGACUCGAUCCGUUUUCGAAUGUAGGAAUUGACUAUUUCGGCCCGAUAGAAGUGAGUGUAGGGCGAAGGAAAGAAAAACGAUGGGUUGCACUUUUCACGUGUUUAACCGUUCGUGCCGUGCAUCUGGAGGUGGCGUACAGCUUAACAACGGAGUCGUGCAAAAUGGCGAUUAGAAGAUUUGUAAAACGGCGUGGCAGCCCAAGAGAGAUCUUUUCUGACAAUGGCACGAAUUUUGUCGGAGCCAAUAGAGAGUUGUUGAAAGAAAUCAAUAUAGCAUGCGCCGACACAUUCACUGGAGCGAAAACUCGAUGGUCAUUCAACCCCCCUUCGGCGCCACACAUGGGAGGCGCGUGGGAGAGGAUGGUACGCUCAGUAAAGGAAGCGAUGGAUAUCUUUAUUGACGGGCAGAAGCUGACGGAUGAGGUGUUGUAUACAGCUUUGAUUGAAGCUGAAAACUUAAUUAACUCUCGACCAAUCACUUAUGUGUCGACUAAUGUUAAGGAAGAUAAAGAGGCAUUGACACCGAAUCACUUCUUGCGUGGCUGUUCAUCGGUAGAAUGUUUGCCAUCGAGGAACCCGGAAAGGUUAGCUGAGACGCUGCGGAGUAGCUACAGUAAAGCUCAACAGCUAGCAGACGGUUUUUGGGAGCGUUGGCAGCAUGAGUACCUGCCGACUUUGAACAAACGAUCAAAAUGGUUUGUAGACCAGAGAAACGUGGCGAUCGGGGAUUUAGUAUUUGUUGCUGAUGGAGAGAAGCGUAAUACUUGGGAGCGAGGAAUAGUGACGAAGGUGCUAGCUGGUACUGAUGGAAGAAUUCGUUCUGCUUCCGUAAGGACUAGUAGAGGCGAGAAACUUCGACCAGUGUCAAGGCUGGCAGUCUUGGAAGUGGAGAUGGAGCAGAGUAAACCAGUACUGCCGCCGAGUGAAGCAGUGACAGGGUUUACGGGCGAGGGUAUGUUGAAUGUACACCCAGUUGCGAAGGGGGGGUCCAUCCAAACUCCAGUUGCGAAGGGGCGCAAGAUUAGCCACGAAACGGCACGAUAG